AUGUCCGAGUCGGGAAAGCCGAAACGGCCCCCGAGGAAACACGUCACCACGGCAUGCGUGCCUUGUCGGGAGAGUAAGAUCAGAUGUGACGGCGCUUCCCCGCACUGCAACAAUUGCGAGAGGAAAGGAAAGCACUGCAAAUACCAGCAUGGAGACGACAAGCGGAAAGUCUCGUUACGCGCGGCAACAGAGCUGUUCUCCGCGAGAAUUGAUCAGCUCGUUCAAUUCAUCUACGACCAUGGCCUCGACCCUCCAUCCAUGAAGCCCGAGGAUGAGGCGGGUAUCAACAGGGUUCUGGACACAUUACAGAUCCCCCGUGGAGUGUCUAGGAGGAAGGACUCGCCGUCCUCUGAUGGGGUGGUCGCUCCUAAACAACCAUCGCCGGUGCAGCAGCCCGCUCACAGUCCCCUUCCAGUUCCUCUGUUCAACGGACAAUCUCCCGAAAAUGGGAUUGGGAGGUCUGAAUCCUCAGCUCUGCCAUUGCAGAACGUUCUCAGUACCUCACAUGCUGAACAACCUGGCGCAAAUAACCAGGAAUCUCUGAACUCAUUCGCCUUCCAGCUUCCUCAGACAAGCUGGGAAUUUGCCCUCCCGACCGCAGAGAGCUUAGACUCGCUCUACGCAAACAUGAACGGAGGAGGCGGAUACCAGGCGUCGCUCGAAAACGGCUAUAGUCCAGAGAGCUUUCACUUAUCCCAAGAUAUUGCGCAACAGCCGGGCGCCCUUCUUGAACAGGCACAAAACGACCGGGACCGUGAUGAAGACAGCGACAGCGGUGAAGAAGACGAAGCCGAGAAGGACGUCAUUGAGCAGAUCUCUCAUCGCAUUGGAACGCUGAAAAUCGCUGGUGACGGUCACCUGCGCUUCUUCGGCGCCACGUCGAACCUUAAUCUUGUCGAUGUAUCUGCAACGCAACAACGCCAGCGUCCUGACGCCCGGACUGUGCGUCACGAUGGCCAGGAUAUCCUCAAUCACUUGCGCGUUGGACAGUCUGUAGACCAGGCUCUCGAAGACCAUCUCUUGGAGCUGUACUUUACAUGGCAAAACUGCAGUACUUAUGUCGUUGAUAAAGAUAUGUAUUACACGGCUAGACAGAAGUGGAGGGAGGAAUUUGAUGAUACUCCCUUCUACUCGGAGGUUCUCACCAACGCAAUGUGCGCAAUUGGAAGCGCUUUCGAAGCGCGCUAUCACCCCACAUUCAUUACCUUUCCCAAAUCCCUCGCCGAAUUCUUUGCGGAUAGAGCAAAAGCCCUGCUGGAAAUCGAGCUGGAUUCGCCAUGCGUCGCGACAGUGCAAGCGCUCGUAAUCCUGAGCAGCCAUGAGGGAGCGUCUAACCGCGAUGCCCGUGGCUGGCUCUAUAGUGGGAUGUCGAUGAGGCUUGCGUUUGAUCUGGGUUUGCAUUUGGACAUGACGCCAUAUGUCGAGAAGGGAGAUAUGAGUGCCUAUGAGGCCGAUGUACGGCGGGUUGCGUUUUGGGGGAGUUAUGCCGCGGAUCACUUCUGGGGUUUUUACCUGGGUCGCCCAUUCCGGAUGAACGCGGGCGAUAUCACCGUUCCAAAGCCCGCAUCGAGCUUAACAGUUGGCAAAGAGGGGACGUGGCGUCCCUAUGGCCUUCCAGCAAACCAAGAGGCACUCAGCGGCGAGUUAAAGAAUCCCAACGAGCUCAUAAGCAGGCAAUUCGCCGUGCUCUGGGAGAUUAUCUCUCCACUCGGUCAUGUCCUUUAUGGCUGCUCUGAUAUCCCCCGCCACGAACUUCAGCGUUUCUGCCACAGAGUAACAGAUGACCUCUUUGCUUGGAAAGCGAACCUUCCCUCCAUCCUCGAUAUUGACCUCGCUGAUGAUACAACGCCUCGACUCCCUCACCUCUUAAUGCUACAGUACACGCUGACGCGAGGCAGCCUCCAAUACCACCAAAUAGUAAUCUUCACACACCGUCCCUGGGUCUCAAAGUCCUACAUCCAACCGCGCGCACCGCGACAAGGCCCAGGCUACCACCACGCGCGCAAAAUGUGCAUUGAAUCCUCUAUUGCCAUUGCGCGUCUCCUCCACAUCUACGAACAACACUAUACCUUUCGCCGCAUGAACAAUCAGGUAGUGUCGAUGAUUUUCAGCGCGGCACUCAUCCUCCUCUACGUCACGAUCUCGACUACGCCACUAGCAAGCAGGACGGGUCUUGAGCAACUUGAGGGAAGUAGCAGCGAGAUGACGGCUUAUCUGAAUCUCUGCUUCAGGGCACUGGAUGAGCUGGGUCAGAGUUUUGAAAAUGCCAAACGCACAAGGGACUUUCUGGUCUCUUUGCAGAGAAGAUGGCAGGCAAGGAUGAGAAGGUCCGGGGCGCUGAAAAGGGCAGGGAGUAGCCAGCGAUUAUCAAAAUCCUCCGCGAAGGAUAUUGGCGGUGGUAAGGGCUCAAAUCAUAGGGAUGCGUCGUCGACACGGAAGAAAAGUCGAACUAGCCCACCCACAAAGCCGCAUCCGCGUCCGCACCACCACGCGCAUAACACCUCGCUCUUUUCGCUGUCCUCUUCGCCACCACAUGCACAUCAUCUCACAACGGGGUUAGAGACAAGAUCAACAAGUACAUUCCUCCCGUCUCUCGACCUCAAGCCGGUCAACUUACACGGCCAGACCCAGAGCCUCGCCCAGCGGAACGACAUCGACUCCUGGAUCCGCGAUUCCAAUUUAAGUCUUCUGUCAGAUAAUAUUACAGACACGACAACGGCCGCGGCAUCAGCGUUUCAAAUGGGUGGUGCGAGCACGAACCCCAAUCCUGGUGAGGUAGAUGAUGUUGACGUUGCGUUACCGAGCUUGGAAGAUAUAGACCCUUGGUGGGAACCAGGGAUAGACGGGUCGGGUCAUGCAGAUGACACUGGGGAUAGAAACGGGAAUGUUGUUGGUGCGGGUGCCUUUGAUGAUAAGAUGUAG